AUGGCUCCGGGAUUACCUCUUAGUCGGGAAACACUUCUCACUGUAAUAGACCAGCAGGAAGGUGGUAUCAACAACUCCAUCGCUCUUGCCCAAAGUUCUGGAUGGGAUCAUGCUAAGCUCGUUGGUGUCAUCAAGAGUCUAGAGUCCAUACACUACGUUACUACUACGCCUUUUGAGGAGGAGGAGUGGACGACGACUGAAGAAGGAGAGCAGUAUGCUACUCUAGGCAGUCCUGAAGCACAGGUCGCGGCCUAUGUUAAGGAGCAUGGCCCUUGUGUGCAGAAGGACAUCAUCGUCUCCCUUGGAAGUGUCGCCAAGAUUGGUUUCGGAGCCGCCAUGAAGAAGAGCUGGCUCUCGAUGAAUAAAGCGACCAAGGAGGUGUCACUGUCUGAUAAAGCCAAGGACUCUAUAGAGGAUACUGUAGCUGUACUGCUGACUAAGUCGGCAAGGAUACAUCUCACAAAGACCACUGGGCUUCAGGUGGAGAAGACUAGCAACUUCAGAACGGAGAUCGUCAAACAGGAGACUGAGCUCACACCAGGAGAUGAUACAGAACAAGUCAUGGAAAGAUGUCCAGUUCAAACCGUAGGUCUGCCUAUCAGCAGUAACAGAUCGACACCUGACAAUACCAACUCGGAUGGGAAUACCAAAACCGAUCGCCUCAGUUACAACCUCAAGACGGCCCUUGCCCGGGACCUUGGCGGUGGUCAUCUCCACCCUCUCCUCAAGGUCAAGACUGAGAUCAGGAAUAUCCUACUCCUCAUGGGUUUCGAGGAGAUGCCCACCAACCGCUACUUAGAGUCCUCAUUCUGGAACUUCGACGCUCUCUUCCAGCCUCAGCAGCACCCCGCUCGUGAUGCUCAUGACACGUUCUUCAUUACCUCACCUGCAUCUACCAACAGGAUCCCUGAGGACUACAUGAACGCCGUGAAGAAUAUGCACGAGGUUGGCGGCUAUGGCUCUAUCGGGUGGCGAUACGACUGGUCCGAGAAGGAGUCCAGGAAGAACAUCCUGAGAACUCAUACCACCGCUGUGAGCACUCGUGUACUCUACGAGAUGGGACGGGACUACAUCCGCACUGGCGUUUUCAAGCCUAAGAAGUGUUUCUCUAUCGAUCGUGUGUUCCGUAAUGAAACUUUGGAUGCCACCCAUCUCGCUGAGUUCCACCAAGUGGAAGGCUUCGUCGCUGACCGUAACCUAACCCUUGGCAAUUUAAUAGGGGUCAUCCGAGAGUUCUUCCGACGUAUGGGCCUCACGGACCUCCGCUUCAAGCCUGCAUACAACCCCUACACCGAGCCGAGUAUGGAGAUCUUUGCCUUCCAUCCUAUGCUCGACAAGUGGGUCGAAAUAGGCAAUUCUGGUAUAUUCCGACCAGAGAUGGUCCGUCCUAUGGGCAUUCCCGAGGAUGUAUCGGUCAUCGCAUGGGGCCUUUCUGUGGAGCGACCUACUAUGAUCCAAUAUGGUAUUGGUAAUAUUAGGGAGCUCUUCGGUCAUAAGAUGGACGUUACGAGUUUGAAGAAGAACCCUGUGUGUUGGUUGCAUCCUGGGGAGGAGGAGGAGGAGGUAUCGACAGCAGAGGAGAAGAGGGAGCAAUGA